AUGAGCGAAGAUAAUUUGCGGUUAUCUCAAAUUUCAGCCGGUUCAAUAUUAGAAAUACUCAAAAACUCGAAUGACGUCAGUAUCUAUGACGCAACAUAUAAUAUUUUGAAUAAGUAUGAUACUAAAGAAUUAGAAAUGUGGAUACAACACAAACUGCUCUGUAUUUGGAGUAAUUCACCGGCUAAAAUAAAGGCGAAUGAGAAGAGAAAGGAUAUAACAAGGGAUCCUUGUGACGAUACACAACCGAAGCGCAUGAUAUUUAAAAGCAUUGAUGAUUUUGACAAACUCUUUACAGGUAUAAAAGAAAAUGAUGCAAUAGAAGAAUAA